AACUUAUCGAGCAGACAGACGCUUCGCCUUGAUCCGGUGCUUUUCUCCUUUGAGAUGCUUGGCGAGCUCUCUCCUCCCCCUUUUAACUAGACACACACGCACGCACACGCACUCAUACUCUUACACACACAAACGCGCAAACACGCACACACCGGUUUCAUCUUGAACUUGCGAGGUUUAUUAUUGGGAAUCUAAAAUAAGAGAGGAGCAACCCGGUGGGAUACGGAGCGCUCGCGCGCCUUCAUCAAGGACCCCUUUGGAGAGGAUAAGGACCCUUGUUGACACUUUUUUUGGUCGCUUAUCUCUUUUUGCCUCCUCCCUUUCAGUUGGUUGUUGUUGUUUUUUUUUAUUACUAGCUAAUCCGGAGGAUUUCUUUUCUUUUUUUUCUUCUUCAUCUUCUUCUUCUUUUUUUUUUUAUUAUUCCGCUCGAUUAGCCGGUUUUCGAGGGCCGUUUUCAUGUUUUCCAUCCAGGACGGUCUCCCGCGGGGAGCGCUCACCAUGAAGGAAGAACCGCUCGCCAGCGGCAUGACUCCGGUGCGCUCUUGGAUGCAGAGCGCCGGGAUACUGGACGCCAACACGGCUGCACAAAGCGGUGUCGGUUUGGCCCGAGCUCACUACGAGAAGCAGCCUCCCUCCAACCUGCGCAAAUCCAACUUCUUCCACUUUGUGUUGGCGCUGUACGAUCGGCAGGGGCAGCCGGUGGAAAUCGAGAGGACAUCCUACGUUGACUUUGUGGAGAAAGACAAAGAAUAUAACGGUGAAAAGACCAACAAUGGCAUCCACUACAGGUUACAGCUCCUCUACAGUAAUGGAAUCAGGACAGAGCAGGACCUGUUUGUACGGUUGAUAGACUCCAUGACUAAACAGCCAAUCAUUUAUGAGGGCCAGGACAAAAACCCAGAGAUGUGCCGCGUCCUUCUUACCCACGAGAUCAUGUGCAGUCGGUGUUGUGACAAAAAGAGCUGCGGGAACCGAAACGAAACACCGUCAGAUCCAGUGAUCAUUGACAGAUUCUUCCUGAAGUUUUUCCUCAAGUGCAAUCAGAAUUGCCUGAAAAAUGCCGGGAACCCCAGAGACAUGAGACGCUUUCAGGUGGUGAUUUCCACUACGGUGAACGUAGACGGCCAUGUGCUGGCAGUGUCUGACAACAUGUUCGUCCAUAACAACUCCAAACAUGGAAGACGCGCUCGCCGCCUCGAUCCAUCUGAAGCAGCCACUCCAUGCAUCAAAGCUAUAAGCCCCAGUGAAGGCUGGACGACUGGAGGAGCCACUGUCAUCAUCAUCGGAGACAACUUCUUCGAUGGGCUACAGGUCGUCUUCGGGACCAUGCUCGUCUGGAGCGAGCUCAUCACACCCCACGCUAUCCGUGUUCAGACGCCACCCAGACACAUCCCCGGGGUCGUGGAGGUCACACUGUCCUACAAAUCCAAGCAGUUCUGCAAAGGAGCGCCGGGACGCUUCGUCUACACAGCUCUGAAUGAACCCACCAUCGAUUACGGCUUCCAGAGGUUACAGAAGGUCAUCCCACGCCACCCUGGAGACCCUGAGAGGUUACCUAAGGAGGUGCUGUUAAAGAGAGCAGCAGACCUGGUGGAAGCUCUUUAUGGAAUGCCUCAUAAUAAUCAGGAGAUCAUCUUGAAGCGGGCGGCCGAUCUUACCGAGGCUCUGUACAGCGUGCCACGCAGCCAUAACCAGCUGCCCUCUCUGACCGGGUCAAGUGCACACUCAGGCAUGAUGGGAGUGAACUCGUUCAGCAGCCAGCUCGCCGUCAACAUCUCCGAGGCCACACAGGCCGACCAGGGUUAUUCACGUAACUCCAACAGCGUGUCUCCUCGGGGCUAUGUGCCGAGCUCCACGCCUCAGCAGUCCAACUACAACACCAUCACCUCCACCAUGAACGGCUACGGAGCCGCUGGCAUGACCAACCUCGGCGUGCCUGGUUCACCCAGCUUCCUCAAUGGAUCCACUGCCAACUCGCCCUACGCAAUCACCCUUCCUACCACCCCUUCUUCCCUCUACUCCUCCAUCAAUUCCUCUUCCUCAUUCUCUCCUGUUCAUAUGAUCUCUGCAGUCAAACAGAAGAGCGCCUUCGCCCCCGUCGUGCGGCCUCAGACCUCCCCGCCCCCCACCUGCACCAGCACCAAUGGGAGCAGCCUACAGGCCAUGGCUGGUCUCAUCGUCCCUCCCAUGUGAAGCAGGAGGAGAAGUUUGCGCUUAUUGAGCUUCACCUGAUGAAUAUAAAACUCCAAGAUUCUCAAGAACUCACCGACUCAAACAUCAUCUUAGUAAAUAUCCUCACAUCAUCAUCAUCAUCAUCUAAUGGAGGAGCGUUUUUCUUUUCUUUUCUUUUUUGAACAAAGAAAUCUUUUCCACAAUCUGGACAACCUGGACAAAGUGCAUUUAAAAGAUAAAGACCAACCAAACGUCUUUUCUUUCUAUUUUCUGUUGGAUCGAAUCCCCUUUGAUCGUCGUCGUCUUCUGGGAUUUUGCAAAGAACAGCAGCCGAAGCCAUGAAUGCGAACGCAGCUAGCUUUCAGGAUUGGAGAUGAUUUCAGCACGACCUGAACAGUUUGGAAGUGUGCAGCGGUUACCCGCGGCUCGGCUCCAGACUUUUUAUUUGCAUGCGGAGCGGAUCUCGUUUAAUUUCAGUUCAUAUUCAUGAACUUCAUCAUGUAAUGAUGGAGCGAGCCAAAUGGAAAAGGGAAUAAGCUCGUAAAAAAAAGUCAAAUCGAAGGCGAGAAAUGAGGAAACCUACAAGAAAAGUGCUAACUUCUUCCCACUUCUUAUGCUAACUCAUACGAAGUCUUGCCAACGUCAAUUUCUACUACAUGUUCACCACUGAAAUAAAUAGAGAAUUUCAAGAAUGAUGUUACUAACCUGAUCCAGAUGCACAACGGCCGGGUUGAGCUCGAAGAUUUAAAGAAUCGGCAUCAUUUGUUUUUUUUUUUUAGAACGAGUCGAUGAGUGUGUAGGUACAUUAGAGUCGCAGGUGUGUGGAUCGCUAGAUUUAAACCAGGAAUGCUUUCUGCAACUUUAUUCACAUUUAGGUACCAGACAUUAUUGUUGAACUUCUUGUGAAAUUUUUUUGUAUGUAUUUAUAGAAAAAAAAGUAUGUUUGGAGAUUUCUUUGGUGAUUUAGGCCUGAAUUAUAGUAUCACAUAUCUCUUGAUGUCUUAAUACCUUUUAGAUCUUGUAAAAAAGUGUGAAAAGUCAACCUUUUUUUUUCUUUGUAAAAACAAAACAAAAAAACCCCCACAAAAAUUCCAUGUCAGGUCACCUGUUUUUUUUUUUUUUUUUUUUUUUUAAAGCAGGAUGUACUCUCCACCACUUUUGUAAAGGAACAAAAAAAAAUUACACUUUAAUUUGUAUAUUUAACUUUUUCUUUUUGUAAACAGCAUUUUGUGUUCUCGUUCAAACUUCCUCGUCCUGUGAGUUCUUGUGACAAAAACGUGUACGUUCAUCAUUCUUUCUAACUGCACUGUUUUCUUUGGGGAACUAACAAGAGCAAUGUAUCUUAGCGAACAAACCUAAAUGGAAAAAAAUGGGAUAAAACGAAAAACAGUUCCACAAAUAGGCACCAGUAUGUUCUCACACAUUUAGUUAUUUUGUUACUUUGGUGAUGACUGAGAUGAAUGAUUGCUCAACAUUUUUUAAAGGUCAGGUCAGGAUGCCUCAUUGUGGUGAGUUUAAACGAGUGAACUUUUAGGAAAACCACCAGUAGAUAAUAUGCCCUAAAUUUAAUACUUAGUAAAAAAAAAAAUUAUAGACAAAUUGUUGAAAAUUCCAAGAUGGCAAAAUAUGACUUUACGUACAAAAUAUUAAAAAUACGUCUAUAAAAUUGUACACAAUGCUUAGAAAACUAGCUGGAGAAAUAACUAAUGUUAUUUCUAACAUAAAUAAUAAAAAAUAACUAAUGUUAUUUCUAGCAUCAUUGCACACAACCUGCAUUAAUUACUUAUGCAAAAUGCAUUUAACAGUCCGCACAGGAUUUCGCUGAUUUUUUUGUGAUUGUUGCGGCCAAAAAUGCUUGAUUUUGCUGCAGCUUUGUUCAAAAUUUGCGAUAAAAUUUGCAGAAUUUUUUUUGCUUUUUUUUUUUGCUGAGAACUACUUGAAUUUGGCAAAACUGCAACUGCACGGGAUAGUUUUGCACGAUCUUUCGCAGUAAUGUAUGUUGGUAUAUCAGACCUUUUAGCUGCACUCAUAUUCGACUCACGUGAAUCGAAGAGGGCUUUGGCUGAAUGCUUGUUGUGAAAUCUGCAGUAAUUUAGAAAAAUUUCAAGCUCCUAUGAAUAUCGCGGAGUUUGCUUGAUUUUGUGUUCAUUUCUGCGAUUGCAAAAUCACGAAAUCCUUGAGGGACUGAUUUAAUGCAAAUCAACUUGAAAUCCAGAACACAGAGUGGAAGUCAUGCAGUUAUGAAGUUCCUUCAGAUUUAUUAUCUGCUUUUUUUUGUGGAUGUAACAAAGUAGAGGUUCUUCUGUAGAGCAAAGAUCAAAUCUCACUGGGUACAUAUUUAGACUCUGAAGUGACAUGUUGGUUAUUUUUCUUAUUUGCCGUGGCCAUGAAUUAAGUAUAUUGAGGCCACAAACUAAGUAUCUCAUGGUCAUGAAUUAUAUUGUAGCCCACAAAAUACCAAAUUUGCGAAAAGUCAUGCUUAAUACGUGGCUUCCAGUUAAUUAUUUGACUAUAACAGCUGAAAAUAUUACUUAAUGCUACAUCCAUGUCACAUCCAAGUGUAAUUAUUAAUCAUCUCCAUGAUCAGGUUCUUGGGGCUACAAUUGUAUAAUUCUAUAGAUUUCCCAAUAUAGGAAUGAACUUAACUUAUUGCUUUAAUAUAUUAAUUUGUGGCCACACCUUAUUAAAAAAAAUAACCACCAUGUAGUUACCCAAAACAUUACUGAGUUUCCUCAAGAUUUAUUCAGCAGAUGAGGGGAAAAGAACACUGCAUUUAGAUUGUCCAAUGUAGAAACCAUCUAUAGACUGUCUGGAAGCAGCUUAUCAACUGAUUCUGCCAUGAAAACUAUCAAGAGAGCCCACAUGAACUGAAUUUGACAUUGUGAUAGGAUGAGGGACGAGCUAUGGAUGUUCUACUACACAUCAAGACCUCUAACCUGGACCAUCCAAAUAAAGUGAGAGCAAAAAAGUUACAUGUUUAUAGUCUUUAGAGUGUCUAUAGAUCUACUAAAGGUCUACUCUAGAUCUACUAUAGAUCUACUCUAGGUCUGCUAAACAUCACCAGCUGUGCAAGGAAUAAAACAUGAUGGGGGUGUGCAGUUAAAUAAUCAAUAGAAAAAGAAUCAAUGUCACAAAGUCUUUUAUUCCUCUUCCACCACAGCAAUUUAUUUUAAAGUUACCUUUACCACUGACUAUUACAGAGCACUGACACCGGAGACUCCUUCAAUAAAUGCUAAAUAAAUGUCUCCUCACAGCAAUAUUAGUCAACCAAUUGAUCUGACCAAUCAGAGUCAAGAAUUCAACAGCGCUGUGGUAUAAAAACUGUUGACAUAUUGUUUUAAGUUAGCUAAAAAACUCAACGUGGGGCAACAACAGGUUGUUGACAGUCUAUAAGGUUGUUUUUUUAAUUUUUUAUACCAUUUGUUGAGUGUCUACAUUGAACUAGCUAAAUAGAACAAUGUAUAAAUGAAGCCUUGAAAAAACAAACGUUAAUAGUUUGGGAUAUUUACGUACAUAGUUUGGAUUUUUUGCGUGUUGCUCUGUUUUUUGAAAAUUGAUAUCGGAAACUCAAUUGAUCUCAAUGGGUGAAACUUGGGUAAGAAAACCUCUCUCAAGUGAAUUGUGGAAUUGUAGCUUGAAAGUAAAUGUUAUGAGUUUGCUACAUUCGAGUUUAUGUUCACAAUCAUUAGCAUCAUUUUAAGUUAUAAACUAAAACAUAUGCCAAUAUAGAUUUGCAACAUCUGCCAUAAACAAAACAGUUAGCUAAUUCUGUAAUAAAAAGUGCAUUUUUUUACCCAAUGAUAUGUGCAUUUAAUUGUGAGCAGUAUAAUGUUUAUUUAUUUGGGAAACAAUAGUUGACAGGAUCCAGUGUAAUCAAUAAUAAAUAAUUCACAGCUGUUGCCAUAGGGACGUAUGUUGUAUCCUUCACCUGUUACGAUAACCUGUCAUAACUUGUAAUCCGUCCUCCAACUAGGAAAAACCAAAGAAAACCCCCACAACUCGGGAACCUCAACUCCAAGUUCAGCCAGUGAAGUCGAAUCAAAAUGGCUGCUCAGAGCAUCAACAGUAAACAAAUUAGCACCUCUUUCAUUUACUGCAUAUACAUCUAUUGGCUUUAGACCAAUCAACAUACAGACAUAUUUGCAUGUUAAAUCUAUAACAGAACUAAAUAUACACGUUAUCACAAUUAGCUGGCUAGCUUGUUGCUAACAAAAGACGAACAUGUUCUCUCUUCAUGUGUUGGUAGCUUGAAACGCAAGGUUGAAAAUGAUAAUUCCGAGCUCUGAUUUCCGAGAAUGCACGGUAACACCGUGUGUAGAAAAGAAAUGUUACAAUGUCACCCACUGAGAUCAAUGGAAUGCACCGCAAUACGUGAAAUCAUUCUGACUAUAAAUUUAAAGCUAUUUAUUUACCAGAUUUUUCAGAUUAUAUUGAAGGUUUUAUUCAUAUGAUGUCAUCUCCGAGGCUGAUUUUAAACUGAACGCUAACGGUGCAGGUAUAAAUAAAUAUAUGUAGAUGUAAAUUCAUAUAAAAGAUUUGGGUGAGUUGAUGAGUGAGUACAUGAAAUAUAUCUCUCUUUUUUUUUUAAUGUACUGAUUUUUGCCUUUAAAUCACUAAACGAGAAGAACUUUACUGUUGGAAUGAAGUCAUCACUAUUUAUGUUCUGUAUGUGUGAAAAAAGACUUAUGUUAAAUGUCACAUAUUGAGCCAUUAUACAAACACAAGUUCAGUCUCUCUCUCUCUCUCUCUCUCUCUCUCUCACACACACACACACACACACACACACACACUUCCUGUCUAUCCUGUCAUCGUGUUGCGUUUUAGGGUGUAAGAACACCAGGUUUGACUUUCCUUUUCCUUUUUAUUUCCCCGAUGUUGAAAAGGGUAGAGGUACUGCUUUCUGAUCUUUGUGAAAUAUUGAAAUAUAUUGAAAGUAUAUCAAAAGCACAAUGUUUAAUUAAUGUCUUUAGAACUGAGGAGAACCCUUUCGUCUCCUCUCACACAUAAAUGUGCUGUACAUAAGUGCAUGUUUUUUUUUUCCUUUCUUUGUUUUUUUUUCUGUGAUACCGUGGUUUUUGUACAGAAACAGACUAAUAAAGAUUACAUUUGGCUUGAAAAAGAAAACGGAUGCCUUAAUGACAGCAAUAACGAUGAUGAGAUGGUUUUCUUUUUAUGGCAGCGAUUGACAGAGCCGUUAAAAUCAAAUAAGCGGAGAUACAAACAUUACAUUUUUCUUUUCUUUUCUUUUUUUUUAGAGACUUAAAAGUUCACAGGUUUUUAGGUACAGAAUUCCAGGUUGUGUUGCCAUAGUAACUAAAAUUUCAGACAAAAAGAUGUUAAAAAUGAAUGGUGAGACAAAAAGUGCGAUGUUAAAAAAAGGUGAGACAUAAAAAUAUAAAAAGAAAAUAUAAUAAG